AUAUCGUUUCUUGAAGUAUAGGCAUACCAGCGUCUCGGCAUUCCGAUCUCUCACUGGCCGCAAUCUUGGCUAGGGCUAAUCUGACUCUCGCCUCUCGCCCAGAAGAGCUGGACAUACGCCCCCAAUCAUGUUGUCGUCGUGGACUCGUGCUGAAGCUGCCGUGUGAGACUGCCGCAGAGAAGACACCGUUAGAACGGCUGUGCGUCAAGCCGGGGCUAGCAACCAAGCUGAUCCGCCAUCUUUUGGUCGGCAAGACAUAGCGAGCUCAUUCCCUGCAAUUUGUCCUCCAUAAUCCACCGAGCGUUACGGGUUUUCUACAUGAAGAUUCGAAUAUCAACACCCCACAACUGAUGCUCGACAAUCAAUAGAUCGCCAUGUUGAAGACUGGUGGAUUCAGCGAAUGGCCGUAUAGGCUUUGCCGCGAGAAUAGGUAAGGGCCGCCUCAGACAGCCGCCGUCUUCUGCAGCGUUAUCGCGCUAGAUCAGCCGAAUUCUACCAGCCUUCCACAGUCAGUCCUGGAGACGAACAAGAUGGGAACUGCCCCAGGAUCGUACCCCACGGUUUCUAACAACACCGCUGUUUAUACUAACUCAACGGAUAAUUUCACGGCUACGCCAGAGAUUAUGCAAGAAAUCCCGUCAUUGAAGGGAAUAUACAUAUUUCUGUACUGUAUCAUUUUCUUGCUGGGUGUAACGGGCAACUCGCUGGUGGUGUAUGUUGUGUUAAGGAACAAAUCCAUGCAGACAAUUACCAAUAUAUUCAUCACUAAUCUUGCGGCAUCGGACAUUUUAAUGAGUCUGUUAUCGGUGCCUUUUACUCCGCUUGCGUACUUCAUGGGUGCGUGGAAUUUUGGUGAAACAUUGUGCCACAUCGUUCCCAUGAUUCAGUGCAUAAGUGUAUACGUAUCGACACUGACUUCCACGGCCAUCGCCAUUGAUCGCUAUUUUGUCAUUGUUUACCCUUUCAAGCCGAGGAUGAAACUGCUUGUAUGUUUGAUGCUGAUUGUGGCAGUCUGGAUUAUAUCCAUUUCCAUAUCUUUACCACUGGGAAUUUACCAAGUGGUGGAUACCAACGACAAUCACGAAGCAUAUUGUCGGGAGCGCUGGCCACGACGCCAGUCGCGUCAAUUCUUCACUGUCACCAGCUUGGUUCUUCAGUACAUCGUGCCUUGCUGCAUCAUCACAUUCUGUUAUUCGAAAGUGUCACGUGUGCUGAGGAAACGAUCAAGGGCUAAGAUUGGAAGCGGCUCAAAAUCGCGCGAAAAGGAUGAAAUGGAAAUUAAGAGAAAACGUCGCACUAACAAGAUGUUGAUUGCCAUGGUAGCCAUCUUCAUGUGCUGCUGGUUACCGCUGAACAUUGUACUAUUGGUCACGGAUUACCAGGACGCCGUCGUCAAGUGGUACUACUACACACUUUUCUUCUUUACUGCGCAUGUCAUCGCCAUGAGCUCCAUCAUUUACAAUCCAUUUUUGUACGCCUGGAUGAAUGACAAUUUCAAGAAAGAAUUCAAACAAAUCUUACCAUUCCUGUUUCCCCGUGGGCGCGAGUCCAACGUGAACGGGAGCUACACCCAGUAUACUAAUGUGGAAACUCAGCAGUCCGUGGUGAACAAGUCGCCGCAGAAGGAAAAGAAUGGCAACGAUAACGUGAAAACUACAAAAGCCUACUUUCAAGCUGAUUCAGAGAAGGUUCAUCUGAAGAUAGACGAGGAAGACAGAAACAGUGACUCUUAAAACACUUACUGCUGACAAGAGUGACCAAAUAACAUUUCCGGCUUGGAUCGGAAAGCCGUUCAUAUGACACAUUUUCAGUGGUAUUUAUACUAAGUAUUGGAGGAAAUGUUAAAUGUGAACUUUGUUUGAACAACCACGGCGGAGGGCCAUGGUGUCGGCCUUACUUCACACGCCCAUCCCAGAGUUAUGCAGUUGAACUGUCACAAAACUUCCGAAUGGCUUUGAUUUCCUAUGGACUCACGGGAAAAAUAGUAAGUGUUCUUAUUUGGUUUUAUAAAACGAAAGUGAUGUCGGUCUCAGCUGGCGGGAACUAGCCUUCGGGUGGCACGAUGGCACCAAUGCACAUAUGUAUUGGACAGCCUCAGUAUACAAGUCACUUCUUACUUGGGGUUUACCUGGGCACUUGGUGUUUUUGUUUCGCACUGUGGCCAAGGUACCACGGGUUAACAAAAAAAGCUUGUGAUGAAUUACGAGAUAACGUGGUAAUGGGACGCUCAUUGAUCUUGACUCGCCUCCCACUGUGGGUUCGUGACGACGGAAUGUCCUAUGCUAAGGUCUCGCGCCUCCAAAUGUGUGUUUACAGAGACCGAUUGUCCGUUGCUCUGGCCUCGUCUCUCCGUCAAGUGUACACCGGGCCUGAUGCCGAUACAUUCCCCUCGUUGCUACUGCUGAACACAUCUGACAUUUAACCGGUUAGCCAGCGUUGGAAGGAGAUCGAGUAACCAUUUCAGCAGAUGAAUUUUUCCUUCGCAGGGCCUGGUGUAACUUUGUGUGCUGUAUUUCGGCACGGAUGGAUAUGGCGAGGCAGGUGCCAGCAGAUUAUGUUUGCAUGAUAAUUGCGGUGGCCUCGACCCGAGUGGUCAGAAUAUUACGGGCAUGAAUCGUGAUUUGUGCCAGACACCAUAUGUACCAUUGUAUUAAUAUAUCCUUUACCCAGAUAAUUAUAAUCAGUGUUCGUCUUUACUCGUGACAGAGGAAUCGGCCUCUGAAAAAUUUGACUAUGACUGUCAUGAAUUGCCUUCUCGUCUCCUCGAUCGAGACGUCAAAACAGAGCCAAUUACAUUUCAUUGAAAGUCUGUUUAUAUACUAUAUUUUCUUCAAGUUCACGAAUUCAAUGUUAGUAGCCUUCGUGGAAGAAAGCGCUGUCAGCAGAUGUCGGACUGGGUACACUGUAAACAGGCGGAAUUAGAGGUGUGUCUGUGUUUUGUAUAUAACCCUCGUCAUUAUAAUAUUAUACUGAUUGUUGUGAGAAAAAACUACACUGUUCUCGAUGGCAAUCUUUUAUUUCCGGUAAAGUGUUGGCAUGGUUUGAAAGUAAUAUAAUGGGAGUCGAGACCAGAGUUGAACCUUUUGUGUGAAGUAAUCUUAUUCACGGUAAAUGUUAGGUGUCACGAUGUCUUCUCCACAGACCGUGUCUUGUACUUCACGGCCUUUUGGACAGCGUGGAGCGAUAGACUUCCUUUUUAAACUGUCACCAGCCUAAAUGCCAUCAUUUUAGCGCGGGAUGUCGGACUGGGCCUUGUGAAUUGGAACUGUCUAGCGCUAUCUCAUUAGGGUAGGACAAAAAACCCUUGAUCUGCCAAAUGUCUUAAUUCAAAAAUGUUUAUGAAAACAACCCAAUGGCGAAUAUGCCGUGCAUGUAAAGAGACUUUGUGGUAUGUAUUAUUAGUUGUAUGCCCGAUAUUGUUUGUCAGGUUCUAAUUCAGUAUGAUCUUAUACAUCUGUAAAUAACGUGCACCCUAGCAGCCAGUAGUCCUUGGGAUCUUUUAGAAGGGAUAAAUGUUUGUAUUGUUGCACCGAAUGCAUGAAAGAGAAUGUGGUUUACUUUGUACCUUUUAAGUUCUGCGUGAGUGUGAAUUUAUCUGCCUCGAUGAGAGAGAUUAUUUGUCGCGUCCUUGUUGCACUCAAUCUCUGGGUACUCAUUCAGUUGCGGGCGAGUUCUUAGCGACCAUGUGGAGUGCAUUGAAUCAUCUGAUUUAUGAUUCUAAGGUCCCGGCGCAUUCGUAACUAGAGGCGCAUUGCGACUCCCGCUGCGGUGAUCAAGAGUCAAUAAUUGUGCAAGGUUUCGUCUCUAUUGACAGGGAAUAAAUAUAGGCUUUGCAUGGAGAACACGAGCCUUUUGUAAGGAAACAUCUCAACUAACGAUAGACCAAGGUUAACGUCAGUGAUGCACAACCGGCCCCAUCACUGGUAUAUAUGCAUCUGAUGGACAAUAGUUUCGUAUAAUGGUAGACAAAGGUUCAAGCUAGAGGUAAGAUAUACCUGUGUGUCAGAGACAUAUAUCUACACUUGUAUCUGUUGGGACUUGAGACUUGUUCGCAGACGUAGUCAGUAGUGUCCAUGAAAGUGCUAGAGGGCUGCUCACAUUUAAUAUCGAAGAAGGCUGAUGCUAUGAUAAUACGUCUUAUAAAAUAAAGACCGAUGGCAAAGGCCAUGGCAAAGUAUCAUUUUAAAUCGUACAAAAAGGUGUUAAUAUAAAAUGUGAUUUAACUGAUUCUUUGAAGAGACAAAGUUUGAUGCCACUUUUGUUACUGGAUAAUUCACACCAAGCUAAUGUACAUUUUAACCAGCGUUAAAAGAUGGUCUAAAAUUUAAUGACAUAGCGGUAAUGGAUUCCCCUAGCUAGCGGCGUGGUUGAGUCUGCGGUUGAGAUAAGGCUCCUAUACCGGGAGCUAUGCGAUACCUCCGUGACGAGAUUGAGUGCAACAUGGGCGACAAUAGGGUGCAUGAGCAGAGUGGAGAGGUACUUGUGUGUGUGAGAAGCUGGGAGACAGGGAGCGGUAGAGGACUAUGUGUAUGCGGAAUGCAUGUUGAUGUCAAUUUACGUUUAGCUGAAAAUAUUCAUUUUCAGUUCACAAGUUCUUAUGGAUACCGGUAAACUUGUACGAAUCUAUAAUGACUACUUUGUCUCGUGGUACUCUAGGUCACAGAGCCGCAUGUGUGUUUAAUGACGUCAGGCUGUCACCCGUGUUACCUAACGGCUUUUUACCGUUAAAUAUUUAAAUAUUUCUGUACUGCAUAAGCUAGCAGUGUUUUGCGUACAAGCAAGCAGGGAGUGUCUUGUAUAAAACUCUGGGUGGGGUAGAAGUAUACACCCGUAUACGCCUUAUUUAAAUGUAGUUAUAUGAUAAC